AUGGCAUUUCGAAAUCCGAAAGGUUCCAGGUCUAUUACUGUUGAAAAGGAAGGAUAUUUAUCGGUGAAAAAGAAUGGGUCGAACGGCAAACAGAAGGAGAAGGUUUGUCCGUAAUAUUUUACGAUGUUUUUCCGUAUAUUUGCAUGUUUCAAUUUGCUGCUGUAAACUUCAGAAUGUGGUUAUUUGAAAACACAAAUUUAAGCGUGUUUUAGUCUAAAAUAUCGCGUGUUGUAAAGCCAGAUUUUCCUGCUGUAAAGCGUAUGUCAAAUUCGUAAGAUGUGUUUAUAUAAAUCGCUAUCUUGUACACUCGAUUCGCAAAAUACACAACGUGAAAUCCAACCUAUUAUUUAAAAUUAUCAUAUGCUACAUACAAAUUGUGUUUUUAAAACCUUUUCUUGUGUUAUUGCUGAAUAUAAACAAGUUAUUAUAAAGGUCGUCUAUCAGAUAAAAUCGCGUGAAUGUCAACGCUUUCAUGAUACUUCGCCAAAACAGCCAUUGAAAGAGUACUAAUUUAAUCAAAGUAUUCCGAAAUCGAUAAUUCGCAACCGACUUCGAACUGUAUAAAGUGUGAAGGUUUUGUGGUUUUGUACGUUUUUUUUUAUGUACAAAUUUAACAGACAUUGUUUUGUAUUUUAUCCAGACAUUUGCAAAUAGUUUAGGCUACCUUAGCAGGCGUUAGACAUGGAUUUGCACAUAUUUAUGGAGCCAUUUUGGAAAGCCGCAUUAUAUAUUGCAACUGUAACUUUUAAUCGUUCAAUCUAUAACUGGCGCUAUUACGUUAUAUUGUAUUAUACAACACGUUAAGAUAGAGUUAUUGAAAUUGGAGGAUUACUCACACCUUCAAAAGUUUCCUGGUUUUUCGAAACUGGUAUAAAAUUACAUUUUUCUCUCUGCAAUAUAAGGUAUGGUAUUGCAGUGACGUCUACAGUGAAGAGUUUAGAACUCGUACAGGCAUCCAGUAUAAAUAAAUAAAGUUCAGUUUGGGUUUCUGGUUAUGUCGUUAUGUUCCAGUCACAAGGCUGUUAGGUGUUGUGAUUUGGUCGAGAAGAAAGAAAACUAUAUUUGUCUGUGCAACGGAACAAUAUUGCAGGAGAGUUUAAAUAAGCGACGUUUUUUGACAACACGGAUAUGUGAUGUGCGCAUAGUUUAACUGUUAAUUAUGGCAUCAAAAGUUUGCUUGAAAUCAAGAACGGCAGUCGCCUGAUGUUCACAUUCGUGAAUGACUGUCUAUAAUAUGUUAUUUCAAACUAUCAUGGCUUGAUUUACUGCCAGUCGGCAUUUGUGAAUAAAAAAUGGCACUUCUGUGACCCUAUAAUCCCAUCCUUAACCCUAAUGGCCUUGUGAACAUAACAAUAUAACUAGGUUUCUUCCUGGUGUAACACUGGAUCGGUAAGGGGAUGGGCCUGACUGGACCUCUAGGGAGAACAGUACAGAACCGAUACAGGUAUUCAGUACAGAUGAAGUUAGUUUAGGUUUCACACUGGAUCAAUAAUACUAGACCUCUAGGAAGAACAGAUUAGAACUGAUAGAGCUAUCCAGUAUAAAUAAAGUUAAUUUAGUUUAGGUUUCCUUGUGUAGUAACUCUGGAUCAAUAAGAGAUGACUCUUCCUGGACCUAUAGAAAGAAUAGUUUAGCACUGAUAGAGCUAUUCGGUAUAAAUAAAGUUAGUUUAGUUUAUAGGUUUCCUCCCGUAGUGACACUGGAUCAAUAUAGAGAUGGCUCUUACUGGACCUCUAGGGAGAACAGUUUAGAACUGAUAGAGCUAGCUAUCCAAUAUAAAUAACAUUAGUUUAGUUUAGGUUUCCUCCUGUACAGUAACACUGGGAGAACAAUUUAGAACUGAUAGAGCUAUCCAGUAUAAAUAAAUAAAUAUAGUUUAUUUUGAUUUUUUAUUAGGCUUGGCAGCAAAAAUACAUUGUUUUACGCAAGUCGUUUGGUGACGGAACCUUCUUGGAAUGGUAUGAAAAUUUUGAAGCAUUCAUAGGGCACAAACACUCAAAAAAACUUCAAUUAGAUGGAAUUGAUUACAUUGGGCCUGUUAACAUGGGCAAAGACUACAGCUACGCCUUUAUCUUGUUUGGCGAGGGACAAAACAAGUUGCAGAUGGCUGCAAAGAAUGAAACAGAACGUUCAGAGUGGAUUAAAGCUCUCAAUCAAUGUCUGCAGAAUGGUCGGAAGUCCAACCCAACCUCUCCGACAAUACAGCGUAGCAGUAGCAGUAGCAGGACUGGUACAGGUCAGUCUCGAAAUUAUACAUUCCACCAAUGUAAUUGAGGAGCCAAUUACACAAUACCGGAUUCGCCUGUCAUAACAUCGAAUUAACCAUUUCAGGAACCACUUAAUUACACUUGCGAUUAUAUGACAAAAUAAGAUGAAAGUUGUCAAGGGGGUAAAAAUUAAUGGAAGACAUUAUCCCUAAGAAGCAUAUGUUUAUGUUGUACCAACUGAAUACUACAAUCACAGAGUACUAGAUCCAUCCAGAGGCAAGUGUUCUAAAGAGAGGCCUGCAUUCACCCUCCUGGAACAUUAAAUUUUAAUAUGUUUCCAGGGGGGUAACAGCCUCUCUUUAGGGAGAUCUCUGUAUGAUAUUUACUCUGAUUUUUUUUCUGUGUUGGUGUUAUAUACUCAGGUGAAUAUGAUGCUUGUGAUGUUAAUCUGAGUGUAUAUCCGCACCGGGCAAGCUUGAAAAAUAUGCCUGGCCACGGUGGGAAUCGAACCUACGACCUUUGGAAUACUAGCCCAAUGCUUUGUCAACUGAGCUACGCGGUCAGGUCAGUUUGAGUAUGUGAUUGAACUGAGUCUAGUUCCUUCAAUAUCAAUCCAGGCAUAUUUUUCAAGCUUGCCCGGUGUGGAUAUAUACUCAGAGUAACAUCACAAACAUGAUAUUUACUCUGUGCUGCAAUACUGGUUUUCGAAAAUGUAAGUAUUUGUAUAUCCGAUACAACACGGACGCGAAUGUUGAAUGCAUUCGUAUUCUUCAACAAUUUUAAAUAAAUGAAUGAUAUUUUUUGAGAAAAUUGAUCUCAAAGUUUAUGUACCUGUUAAUCAGCAUGAUUCUGCAUCAGAUAUACAAACCUCUUCACGCUCAUGAUUUAUUUUCUGUUUUCUUCAUGAAUUAUCAAUGAGUUUCACAAUAAAUUAUUAAGCUAUUUAGUUGUAUUAUGGCCUACUUUACUCUGCCCAAUGCCAGACAAAGGGAGAGUGCUGUUGCUCAAUGGGUUAACUAGUUAACUUUCAUUUCAGGCUAUCCAGUGAAAUUAAAGGACUAUACAUGCACAUCCAUCCAGGACAUCUUACAGGACGCGAAUCGAGAUUAUGUCCUGUUUGUUGGACCAAAAUACAUUGCGCUAAUCAAAGUCGACAGUCAAGAUGAAGAGAAGACUGUUUUGAGCUGGCUGUUAGAAAACAUAAAGAGCUACGAAAGUCGACCUUUGGAGCAAAAUCCUACACAGAAAUUGCUGUCUAUUGAUACUGGAAGGUCAGUGCAAGAAAUGCAAACUGUAAUCUACAAUCACAACUCUCCUUACAGAUAUAUUUCUAGUACAGACACCUCUCCAAAACAGACACCUCUCUAAUGCAGACACCUCUCUAAUACAGACACCUCUCUAAUACAGACACCUCUCUAAUACAGACACCUCUCUAAUACAGACACCUCUCUAAUACAGAAACCUCUCUAAUACAGACACCUCUCUAAUACAGACACCUCUCUAAUACAGACACCUCUAUUUACUCUCUAAUACAAAAACCUCUCUAAUACAGACACCUUUCUAAUACAGACAUCUCUCUAAUACAGACACCUCUCUAAUACAGGCACCUCUUUAAUACAGAAACCUCUCUAAUACAGACACCUUUCUAAUACAGACAUCUCUCUAAUACAGAAACCUCUCUAAUACAGAUACCUCUCUAAUACAGACAUCUCUCUAAUACAGAUACCUCUCUAAUACAGACAUCUCUCUAAUACAGACAUUUCUCUAAUACAGACUCCUUCCUAAUACAGAUACCUCUCUAAUACAGACAUCUCUCUAAUACAGACACCUCUCUAAUACAGACACCUCUCUAAUACAGAAACCUCUCUAAUACAAACACCUCUCUAAUACAGACACCUCUCUAAUACAGACACCUCUCUAAUACAGACACCUCUCUAAUACAGACACCUCUCUAAUACAGACACCUCUCUAAUACAGAAACCUCUCUAAUACAAACACCUCUCUAAUACAGACACCUCUCUAAUACAGACACCUCUAUUUACUCUCUAAUACAAAAACCUCUCUAAUACAGACACCUUUCUAAUACAGACAUCUCUCUAACACAGACACUUCUCUAAUACAGGCACCUCUUUAAUAGAGAAACUUCUCUAAUACAGACACCUUUCUAAUACAGACAUCUCUCUAAUACAGAAACCUCUCUAAUACAGAUACCUCUCUAAUACAGACAUCUCUCUAAUACAGAUACCUCUCUAAUACAGACAUCUCUCUAAUACAGACAUUUCUCUAAUACAGACUCCUUCCUAAUACAGAUACCUCUCUAAUACAGACAUCUCUCUAAUACAGAUACCUCUCUAAUACAGACAUCUCUCUAAUACAGACUCCUCCCUAAUACAGAUACCUCUCUAAUACAGACAUCUCUUUAGUACAGACUUCUCUCUAGUACAGACUCCUCUCUAAUACAGAUAUCUCUCUAAUACAGACCUCUCUAAUACAGACACCUCUCUAAUACAGACUCCUCCCUAAUACAGAUACCUCUCUAUACAGACACCUCUUUAAUACAGUCACCUCUCUAAUAUAGACACCUCUCUAAUACAGACACCUCUCUAAUAUAGACAUCUCUCUAAUACAGACACCUCUAUUUACUCUCUAAUACAAAAACCUCUCUAAUACAGACACCUUUCUAAUACAGACAUCUCUCUAAUACAGACACCUCUCUAAUACAGACACCUCUCUAAUAUAGACACCUCUCUUUUACAGAUACCUCUCUAAUAUAGAUAUCUCUCUAAUACAGAAACCUCUCUAAUACAGAUACCUCCCUAAUACAGACAUCUCUCUAAUACAGAUACCUCUCUAAUACAGACAUCUCUCUAAUACAGACAUUUCUCUAAUACAGACUCCUUCCUAAUACAGAUACCUCUCUAAUACAGACAUCUCUCUAAUACAGAUACCUCUCUAAUACAGAUAUCUCUCUAAUACAGACCUCUCUAAUACAGACACCUCUCUAAUACAGACUCCUCCCUAAUACAGAUACCUCUCUAUACAGACACCUCUUUAAUACAGUCACCUCUCUAAUAUAGACACCUCUCUAAUACAGACACCUCUCUAAUAUAGACAUCUCUCUAAUACAGACACCUCUCUAAUACAGACACCUCUCUAAUACAGACACCUCUCUAAUACAGACACCUCUCUAAUAUAGACACCUCUCUUUUACAAAUACCUCUCUAAUAUAGAUAUCUCUCUAAUAUAGAUAUCUCUCUAAUAUGGACACCUCUCUAAUACAGACAUCUCUCUAAUAUAGAUAUCUCUCUAAUACAGACAUCUCUCUAAUACAGAUACCUCUCUACUACAGACAUCUCUCUAAUACAGACAUCUCUCUAAUACAGACUCCUCCCUAAUACAGAUACCUCUCUAAUACAGACAUCUCUCUAAUACAGAUAUCUCUCUAGUACAGACAUCUCUCUAAUACAGAUAUCUCUCUAGUACAGACUCCUCUCUAAUACAUAUAUCUCUCGAAUACAGACCUCUCUAAUACAGACACCUCUCUAAUACAGACUCCUCCCUAAUACAGAUACCUCUCUAAUACAGACACCUCUCUAAUACAGACACCUCUCUAAUAUAGACACCUCUCUAAUACAGACACCUCUCUAAUACAGCUCUCUAAUAUAGACACCUCUCUAAUACAAAUACCUCUCUAAUAUAGAUAUCUCUCUAAUAUGGACACCUCUCUAGUACAGACAUCUCUCUAAUAUAGAUAUCUCUCUAAGACAGACAUCUCUCUAAUAUAGACAUCUCUCUAAUAUAGACAUCUCUCUAAUACAGACACCUCCCUUAUACAGACACCUCCCUAAUACAGACAUCUCUCUAAUACAGACAUCUCUCUAAUACAGAAAUCUCUCUAUUUUAUGAACUCCUCUCCAAUACAGACAUGUCUUUAAUACAGACACGUCUUUAAUACAGACACGUCUUUAAUACAGACUCUUCUGUAUGGAAAUCUACGGACAGUUUGCUGUGUCAUUUUGAUGUUUGCAUUAGAGAUGUGCAGCUGAAUAUGUGUGUAUGUUUUCCAGGCGCAGCUCGACAGGCCAAGGGACGUUUAAUUUCUUCACACCCCAUGGUGAUCAAAUCAAGAAUCAAAUUAGUCUAAACACGAAGCGAACGUACCUGACAAAAAUGAGCUCGCUGGACAACUUUGGUGUGGACAACCUGUACAGCUCCAGCCCAGAAAGAUGCUUUUCAACACCCUCCCGCUCGUUCAGCGUUAUGUCUAGUAGUCCACGGCGGACUACCAUGUCCUCCAGGGAGGGGCCUAUACCCUUCCAUAAGUAUGACCCACCGACUAAUCGAGAUAGCUACGCACAAUAUAUUCAGCAGCCAAAUGGCUAUGUUGACAUCUUCACUGACCAAAGGCAGGUUGAAGAAAACCGCAUGCGGCAAAGAUCUCGCUCCAGUGUCACUUCAUCGAAAUCACCAAACGCUGAUGACCACCCGACGUAUGUAGAUAUUCCUCCCGAAACACAACUGGGCUAUGUUCAAGUUUUGCCUAAUGGAUCAGAUGCCGCAAGUCAGUACAUUGAUGUGCUACCCGAGCACAGCCCGGAUUCUAGUGAUCAUGCCUAUGUCGAGAUAGUAGGCGAAGACCAAACCCGGCAUGAUUAUGUUGAGGUGUUGGAUGAUGGGAAGUCACGUGACAAAGAGUUCACUGUUCCUGACGAUUAUCCAGGCUAUCCAGCGUAUAUCGAGGUGCUCGAGGAUGAUGAACCAACUAACCAAUCGCGUAACGGGGUCAUAUCACGUGCGGAUUCUGAUGAAAUCUACAUUGACGUCGACGAGAAUCGUAAAAAGUAUGAGUCACGGGAACAACGUUUCGAAUCACGUGGACAGCAUUUCGAAGCAAGUGAAAAGCAUUUCGAAUCCCGUGAAGAACAUGUAGAAAUACGUGAACAUUUCGAAUCACGCGAGGAACACGUAAAAACAAGUUAUGAAUCACGUGAAGUACAUGUGACACACAACAGCUUGUCACGUGAUAGUCACCACGAGUUACGUCGAACACGCGAGAGUACAGCAAGUGCCAGUUCUCCUUCGCCGAGAUGGCCACACAGCGUGACUUCUCAAACAAGCACAGAGUUCGGUAGUCUUAGCAGUGAGAACGACGUCUUUCAAGAUCGAGAAAUAAACAUGGUGCCAGAAGUGUUUGUAGAAGCAUCGGAAAAAACCGAAGAUAUUCCGACUAGAUCCGACAUUGCUCCGACGAAGUCUGAUGCUCUUCCGACGAAUUCCAACAAUGAUUGUUCAAAACUUGACGACACUUCACUGAGGUGCAAAAACAGUUUAACCAAACCUCCGUUAACGCCGAGAAAACCAACCUUGACGGCGUCAAAAUCGGCCUCGCUUCCGACAAAAUCCGAGGGGCUAGCGUCAAACGGCGAUGUCAACUCCAAAGAUCCAAAUGAGAGUAGAAAUGACGGGAGUUCUAUACCAGGGGAUUCUCGUUGUGCCAAAGCAAGAAGCUGGCAUAGUGAGAAUGAAAAUGACCCAACAUAUAAUUCUGGGAAUUCCACUUCGACUUCGGAGAGCGAGCAUGCUCGAGACUCGCAUGAUUUCAGUGAGGAUGAGGACGUGGGUGACCAUUUAGUGUCCGAAGGCCGUAACCGCAGUCAUACCGUAGGAGAACUGCAAGGAUUAAAGGCCAACGGUAAAGCUAUUGACUCCAGUAUGCUAAUCGCAUUAGAAAUGUCGUUGACAAACCCGCAACAAUUUACCCCCUGCCCAAACAAACACCCACCCCUAGUUAGAGAGACACCGUACACACAAGAUCAAAUAAUCGCCCAACUUGAAAACCCUAUCCUAGGAAUGAGCAAACUACCAGACACUAAGAAAAGCGCUACGGAGUUUAAAUAUAUUUGUUCACAGUGCGGCUGGCAUAAAAUAUCGAAAAAACGACGAUCGUCGCUGAAGCCAACAUUCAGAACCAAACAGUGCCCCAUUUGUAAUAGCCCCGUGAAAGGCCCGAAAAAUAAGGACAAGUCUAAUGGUGGGUUUUUGAAAAAUUUGAAAAGUAAAAGACGAAGUUCGGACGAGAAGAUUGAUAAAAAAGACCCUGAAUUUAUGAAACCAGAGAGGCCGACGGCCGUUGCCAAGCCAAUCUUCAUAAAACAAAUGCGCGAUCGAACUUUCGUAGGCAGACACAGUCCAUCAUCGUUGGAUCCGAAGAGAAGUGAACUAGGGUUAGCCCCCUCUCCUUUGACUACCAUGAGUGCGGUUACAAUUGGUGGAGGGGAACCACGGGGGAGUGUGAGCUGUGAUGAUGGCACCCCCAGUGGGAAGAGUGGUGUCGUUGGGACUCUCCCUGACGGUGGGGAUAGUGGUUUAGUUUCCCCCCACAAAACUGCUUUCCCCUCUCCAUCAUUAAACAGGACUUUGGCACCUUUACCUCCAGGAAAUAACCCUCUAGGGCGGACAAAAUCUUCCCCACCUCUCGGCGGUGGAGGCGAAGCAGCACACGAGACGCUAGCUGUUGAGGUCCCAGAGAGUGAAAAGAUCACACGGAAGAAUUCUGGUUUGACUUUGCCAACAUUGCCUGAAGUCGAGGUACGUAUGGCUGAGUUUCGCUAAGUACUGUCGUCAUGGUGAUCAACCUGUUGUUAUCAGAGUGAGAAAAUAAUGUUCAUUAGUUUAGGUUUCCUCCUGUAGUAACACUGAAUCAAUAAGAGAUAACUCUUACUGGACGUCUAUAGGAAGAACAGUGCAGAACUGAUACAUCUAUCCCGUAUAAAUAAAUAAAUAAAGUUAGUUUAGUUUAGGUUUCCUUCUGUGGUAACACUGGAUCAAUAAGAGAUGACCCUUACUGAACCUCUAGGAAGAACUGUUUAGAACUGGUAGAGCUAUCCGGUAUAAAUAAAGUUAGUUUAGUUUAGGUUUCCUGCUGUAGUAACACUGGAUCAAUUAGAGAUGAUCUUUACUGCACGUCUAGGGAGAACAGUUCAGAACUGAUAGAGAUAUUCAGCAUAAAUAAAGUUAGUUCAGUUUAGGUUUCCUCUUGUAGUAACACCUGAUCAAUAAGAGAUGAUACUCACUAGACCUCUAGGAAGAACAGUUUUAGAACUGGUAGAGCUAUUUGGUAUAAAUAAAGUUAGUUUAGUCUAGGUUUCCUCCUGUAGUAACACUGGAUCAAUAGAUCAGGUACAACAGGAUAUUACUGGACCCCUAUGUAGAACAGUGUAGAACCGGCAGAGCUAUCCAGUAUAAAUAAAGUUAGUUCAGUACUUCAGUAGUAUAGUGUUACUCCGUUUAUAAACCAUAUCUAUACUAUUUUCAGGAUCCAGGUGACCCCAAUCGCCAAACCUGUCUAACCCCUGCCACUCCCCCUCCCAUGAUUCCACCAAGAACACGUGCCCCACCCGUCCCCCCUCGUCGAGGGAGCAGCCCCCUGGCCACCCCCCGUGAAGAUAAUACGCAUAAACUACGGCGAACUCAAACUGAUCCAACCUUCCCGUUGCCGCCACGAUCACCACCUCAGGUUAGAUGCAUGCAUUACUUAUUUAAAUGUUUAAAGGUACAGUUCAGCCUUUCGAAUGAUGGUUUUUAAGGCGCAUUUCGGGCCUUUUCAUAAUCUGAAAAAACUAACUAGGAAAAUCAAUUAUGUAUAAUUCAAGAUCAGUGAACUCAAUGUUUUUAACAAUAAAAAUGUUUUAAAGUGUUAAAAACAUUAAGAUUGCUGAUCUCGAAUUAUGCUUAAUUGAUUUUCCUAGUUCAAUAGGCAAUUCCAGCUUUUAGUUUAUGCGUGCAGGGGACGAUGGGAAGUAAGGUAUCAUAUUGCUGAUUAUGCUGAAAAAAUAAAAAUGGUGGCCGUGUAAACACGGAGUGAUAGCUUUACUUGUAAAUAUUGAAAUAUUUCGGUUGUUCCGGUAGUUUUUAUUGAAAUUUUUCAGCAUAAUCAGCAAUAUGAUACCUUACUUCCCAUCAUCCCCUGCAGGCAUAAACUAAAAGCUGGAAUUGGAAAAACCAUCAUUCAAAACGCUGAACUGUGCCUUUAAAGAUCCUUUGGUCACCGUGUUCAAGGCUUGCUAGAUGCCUUCUGGAUGCCGCAAUAGCCACGGCGGAUUGUCGCUAUAUAAGGAUGCUGGAUUUCGGCAUAGUUUAUAGCCACAGCGGUUUAUAGCCAUAUAAAAAAAUGCCGGAUUUCGAUACGCUUCAUAGCCAUGGCGGUUUGUGAUGAUGCCUGAUUUCGGCAUACUUUACAGCCACGGCGGUUUGUCGCUAUAUAAAGGCUGAUUUACAUUGCACAAGUUUUGCCUACAACGUUUGCGAGUUCUGUGCUUGAUUUACACAGUAUAACUCAAGUCGUAAGCACGAUUGCAUGCGACAUUUUUAUGUAAAAAUUGUGUACUGUUAAUCGGCCUUAAAGGAUGCCGGAAUUCGGCAUACUUAAGUUUCUCAACUUUCAUUGCUUGAUCAAAGAACAAGAGUUGCAUGAGAAUUGAUAAGCGAGAGUUUACGUGAGAGUUUUCUCAACUUUCAUUGCUUGAUCAAACGCGAACAAGAGUUGAAUGAGAGUUGACAAGCGAGAGUUUUCGUGAGAGUUUUGUCAACUUUCAUUGUGUGAUCAAACGAGAACAAGAGUAACAUGAGAGUUGACAAGCGAGAGUUUUCGUGAGAGUUUUGUCAACUUUCAUUGUGUGAUCAAACGAGAACAAGAGUUGCAUGAGAGUUGAGAAUCGAGAGUUUACAUGAGAAUUUUGUCAACUUUCGUUGCCUGAUCAAACGAGAACAAGAGUUGCAUGAGAGUUGACAAGCGAGAGUUUACAUGAGAGUUUUCUCAACUUUCAUUGCUUGAUCAAACGAGAACACGAGUUGCAUGAGAGUUGAGAAGCGAGAGUUUACAUGAGAGUUUUCUCAACAUUCAUUGCUUGAUCAAACGAAAACAAGAGUUGCAUGAGAGUUGAGAAGCGAGAGUUUGCAUGAGAGUUUUCUCAACAUUCAUGUUGAUUGAUCAAACGAGAACAAGAGUUGCAUGAGAGUUGACAAGCGACAGUUUACAUGAGAGUUUUGUCAACUUUCAUUGCUUGAUCAAACGAGAACAAGAGUUGCAUGAGAGUUGACAAGCGAGAGUUUACGUGAGAGUUUUGUCAACUUUCAUUGCUUGAUCAAACGAGAACAAGAGUUGCAUGAGAGUUGACAAGCGAGAGUUUUCUCAACUUUCAUUGCUUGAUCAAACGCGAACAAGAGUUUCAUGCGAGUUGACAAGCGAGAGUUUUCGUGAGAGUUUUGUCAACUUUCAUUGUUUGAUCAAACGCGAACAAGAGUUGACAUGCGAGAGUUUACAUGAGAUUUUUCUCAACUUUCAUUAUUUGAUCAAACACCCGUGUCACAUACUCAUUGGGUAACCGCCAAGAUUUCUAAAUUGAGAAGUACGCGCGAUACCCAACAAGGAUGAUCAUCUGAACCAUCCAAUAGACCAAUAGUGCCUUCAUUUGAACCCUAACCCUAAUCUAACCUUAAUCUGACCCUAUUCUAACCCUAUUCUAACCCUUGGUCUAAACCUGACAUUUUUUUGAAACUUUCAAAUCUUAUAUAACUGUUUCUGUCUUGCAGCAUAAACCCAAAAACCGUAUAUCACGAACACUGACAGACCCUGGGAAGGAUUCCAGUAGUUCAGACAAUAAUAUCCGUAAUGCAAUCUCAUUGGGCAAUCUUCUGGAGGAUGGUAAUGAGGGAAUACUAGGGACGAAAGUGGUAUCACUAUCGCUGGGUGAUGACAUUGAUGGUAUUGACGCCGAGGCUCCACCUCCCCCAUUGCCGCCAAGACGCGGAUCCGGCCAGGCCGCAACACAGCCGCCGCUACCACGUCGAGGUAAGGAGAAGAACGUUUAUUUUAAAAGAGGAUUAAAGCUAGCUUUUCGCUACACAUGCACAAACGCACUAGUUGUAACAAAGCUGCAGCAGAUUUGUACCAGUGCUGUUCCAACAACUUGUCAUCAGGAUGUGUUCGCAUUGCUUGUUCCCAGCUUGUUCACAAGUUGCUACAAGGUUGUUGAGCUCAACAGACUUGAUACAAGGAUACAACAGACUUGAUAUAUAGGGCCCCUAUGGAUACCAGCUUAGUGCUGAAUGGGUCACCCUGCUAAAAUAAAGUUAUAUUAUCUUACAAGUUGUUCCAACAAUUUGUUAUCGCGCUGCAAUUCAAUUUGUCAACAAGUUGUGAGUGACAUCCUUGUAGCAACUUGAUAAAAUAACAACAUUGUUGCAACUUGUUGACAAGCUUGCCGGAAGCCUGUUGCGAACACAUCUUGUUGAUAGUUGGGAGAUAAUCUCACAACUAGUUGACAGGUCGUUGACGAAACAAGCUUGCAGGAAGCUUGUUGACAAGUUGUGGCAAGCUUGUUAUUUCAUCAAGUUGUAACAAGCUUGUUGCCAUCAAGCUUGUUACAACCUGUUGGUUUGCAGACUUGCAGCAAGUUUUUGGAACAUCUUGUAACAAGCUCGUUGACAACAAGACAAAUCACACUUGUUGGAGCAACUUGUUGUGGUCGUCAAGUUGUAACAAGUUCGUUUCAGCGAGCUUGUAGCGAGGCUUUGUUUAGAAGUCUGUACCAAAUCUGCCAACAAGUACACACGUAAGAUCGCACAAGUUGUUACAAAUCUGUUCACAAGCUGUCGACAAGUUGUGUUCGCACUGCUUGUUCCCAGUUGUUCUAACAAGUUUGGAACAAGCUGUUAACAACUUGUAAUAAGCUUGGUGGCAUUAUCAGACUUGUUGCAUAGUUGUUCUAACAAGUCUGAUACAGUCAUGAUAUAACCAGAAUGUUACAAGGUUGACGACACAAGGUUGUGACAAUAUUGUUAUAUCCCGACUAUAUCGGACUUGUUGGAACAACCUUGCAACAAAUCUGAUAAUACCAACAAGGUUGUUACAAGUUGUUAACAGCUUUUUCCAAACUUGUUGACAACAUGAGACAAACAAGCAGUGUGAACACAACUUGUUCAUGCGGCUUGUUAGCAGACUUGCUACAAGAUGUGAGAUUACCUACGCGUGUACGCAAAGCGCGGCUUUUGAUUCCUCAAAUGCGCUUUACAUCAAGUACUACGCUUACCCGAAUUACAUUUGUAGCCUAGACUGUUUUAUCUUUACAACAAUUGCGAUAAUACUUUCUUAACUGUGUUCAUCCUAACCCACCCUGUCAACUUUCGAGUGAUUACAACAUGAGUUGUAUGUACACACAUAAAAACGCACAAUUUCUAACAAACCUGUAGCAGACUUGUAGCAAUGCUGUUCCAACAACUUGUCAACAGGAUGUGUUCGCAUUGCUCGUUCCAAGCUUGUUGACAACUUGGGACAAGCAAUGCGAACACAACUUGUUCACAGACUUGCUAACAAGAUGUGAGAUAUGUUUGCGAUGUUACUCUGAGUGCAUAUCCACACCGGGCGAGCUUGAAAAAUAUGCCCGGCCACGGUGGGAUUCGAACCUACGACCUUUGGAAUACUAGCCCAAUGCUCUUCCAACUGAGCUACGCGGUCAGGACGGUUCGUGUAAGUGAUAUUUCGGAACAGUAUCUAGUUCCUUCAAUACCAAUGUGUUCUAGUAAUAUGAUUUUUUUUUUGUGUUGGUGUUGUGUACUCAGGUGAAUAAUAUGUUUGCGAUGUUACUCUGAGUGCAUAUCCACACCGGGCGAGCUUGAAAAAUAUGCCCGGCCACGGUGGGAUUCGAACAUACGACCUUUGGAAUACUAGCCCAACACACAAAAAAAAAAUUCAUAUUACUAGAACACAUUGGUAUUGAAGGAACUAGAUACUGUUCCGAAAUAUCGACCGUCGCUCGAAUUGAAGCGUGGUAAGAUAAAACAAUCCGUAACAGUAUAUUCAGCUACCAGUCUUCACUCAAGCUAUCGCAAACAUAUUAUUCACCUGAGUACACAACGCCAACACAAAAAAAAAAGAUGUGAGAUUUUUACGCUUGUGGGCAAGUCUAGUGCUUGAUUUACGCAUUAUAACUCGAGCUGUAAGUACUAGAUAAAACAUGAGCAGCCCAUCUGUAUCUGAUAUACAAAAAAUGACCCAUCUUAUGAGUUCAUUGGCGAAGUAAUUUUAAAAAUAAACAUUGUAAAAUCAAAGCUUAAGUUUAUGUAAAUCAGGACAAAUCUUUAUCCGAUUUACAAACAUUGAUUAAACAUUCAUUUCUUUUGUAUUUUCCUCGUGAAUUAUUAAUGAAUUUUUUAAAGGUCCAGACACACCGGACGCGAUUGGACAACGCGACGCAAUUUUUCGAUUUUCACUGACCGAUAACUUUAAUCCUAGUUUAAACUUUCCAAAUACUUAGAAGCGCUAUAACAUUUUGAGUUAUUUGUUCUACAUAUCUUUCAAAAUUUGCUCUCAUUGGUUGUUUUAUUAACUUUCGCGUCGCGUUGUCGAAUCUCGUCCGGUGUGUAUAUAUGGACCUUAAGCAGUACGAGUAUAACUCGAGUUAUUAUUAUUAUUAUUAUUACAACAUGUUUAUACACGGUAACUAAUCAACCACACUGCGAAAAAUGAAAAGCUUAUUUUAAGAAAAAAAAACUUGUUCUGAGCAAAAAUUUCUUAAUUAUGCAAAAUUAUCUUGUCCCAUACAUAGGAAAAUUUUUCUAGAUAAGAUUUUCUUGAUCGAGAAAAAUUUUCUUGAUUUGACAAAUUUAAUCUUACCAAGAAAAUUGAUUUAAGAUAAUUUUUCUUUUUGUCCCAUACAUAGGAAAAUAUUUCUUGGCUAGAAAAUUAUUCUUGAUAAAAGAAAAAUAAUCUUACAAAAAUGGAACGAACCUUACUAAAAAUCUUAGCAAGAUUAGUAUUAAUCUUACCAAGAUAAAUAUAAAUCUUAUUAAGAUUUUUGAAACAAGAAAACUUAUAUACACUUGCUUGAACUUAAAAGAUAAUUUUUCUCAAACCUAAGAUUAUUUUUCUAAAGACAAGAUAAAUAAUCUUCAGGUAAUGAUAUAACCUUUCUAACCACUUUAUACCAAGUUAAAUUUUCUUGAAAUUAAGUUUUAAAUCUUGAAACAAGAAACAAUGCCUUGCGUCAAGAAAUAAUAUCUUCAUUUAAGAAAAACUAAUUUUACAUGUUUCUCAACGUAGAAAUAAUUUCUUAAACCAACAUAACUAUUCUUAAAACAAGAAAUAUAAUCUUGAUAUAAGAAUAAUUAUCUUAAAUUAAGGAAAAAAAAUCUUGCCAAGUAUUUCAUUUUUUGCAGUGCAUAUCACCUAUCAGUAUUUACAAAAAUUAUAAAGGUUGUUUUUCAUUAGGCCGUGUUACUAAAUACAAAUUAAAACUCGAAAUACUAUUAUAUAAACUAUUAUAAAAAUAUUAAAAGAUACUAAGAAAUGUUUGGGUCGAAGCGAUACGUUAAAUAUAUAUAUUACAAAUGAAUUAAGUAGAUUUAAAAUUUUUACUAUUAUAGUUCCAGUCUUUAGCAGCUGCAUAUCCGAAUGUCCUUUUCAUUGAAUUUGUUUUAGUAAGUUGAGUUUUUCUUAUCUGAAAGUGUUUAUAUUGCUUUUAGUAUCAAACGAACAUGAAAGACUGGUGAACAGUUGUGACUCGCCUAGGAUUGAACCCCGUACCUCCGCCGAGGUAAGUAGUAGCGAGGUCAUUCAUUCUUUCUGUUCCUCUUUUUUGUUGUGCUGCACACUCGUCAGUGCAUUUUUUAAGGAUUCUUCAGUGGUGGGCCCAUUUUCCUUGUCCUCCACCCAGGAUAGUAUGCGAUCACUGAAGGGGUGAGCCGAGUACAGCAGGCUCGAGUUAGGUACCCCAGGAAAUUUUUAAAAUUUGGGUCUCUGAAAUAACAUUUCCUGCAUUCUGAGAACACAUUUUUAAAAAAAUCUCAGCUUCUCAAAACAAAGUUUUAAUGGUGAAAUUUGUAAUAAAUUGCAUGCUAAACAUUCAAACACAACAUAAGUUUAAGUAUGCUUACCAACAAAUUUUGUUUUUUAAGCUUCUUUUCAAUGUUAAAUUCAUUUACUCAAAUAUACAGGUCAUAGGGCCCUGGCUUUGGGGCAAUAGGCCAUUUUUUUUCAGUGGUGGGGCAGAGGAAGGGGUCCAGUGGGGCAAAUGCCCCACCAGUCCAUGGUAUUAAAAAAUGCCUUGAUACUCGUGUUUUAUAUCUGAUAAAACAGUCCUACGGGUGUUUUAAAUAGUACUCCACUGUGAGAUCAUCCCUACGUUUCAACAGUAGAGGAAGAGUGUUUCUAGGCAGGGCAAAUAUCGAGAUUUUGUUUGUUCUACUCGAUAAUUUUAAUCUACAAGACCCUUCAACUGUUAUUGAAUCGAGUGCAGGAGAUGCCAACAGAAUCUCGAUAUUUACCCAUAACCUAUUAAAGCCGUGUUUACACCACGAGCCUAAGCCUGGCCUAGCUUUGAGUACUGCGAACAGUAAAUGGAGCAGCGUGUACGAGAGGUCGAAUCUUGGUGAGCUACGUUGCUAAGCCAACCGUUCCGUCGGUAUAGUUUUGCCCAUCCGCAUUCUUAGAGGCAAUACAUCCGUCUCCCAGCCCUGCUCAAAAUGUCAAAAAAAAACUAUUGUUCUUUGAAUCAGUAUAAAAAAUUUGUAGUUGACAAAUGCAGUAUUUGUUAAGUGCUAGUUAAACACGAGUAGGACUGUUUUAUCAGAUAUAAAACACGAAAAAACGACCCAUCUGAUGAGUAUAUUGGUGAAGUAAUUUUUAAAAUAAACUUUGUCUAAGCUGAGAAAAUCAAAGCUAAAGUUCAUGUAAAUUAACAUGAUUUUUUAUCACAUAUAUAAAACCACGGACAUAGCAGUGAUUUCUUUUGUGUUUUCUUCACGAAUUAUUAAUGAGUUUUUGAAGUACAUUUACUGUAGACAACUCUGUAUUUUACAGUUUUAAAGUUAACAUAGUCUCUUAUCCUUUAGAUAAAAGCUCAGUAUGGUUACAAAGUGACUAAACAUAAAACGUUUUAUAAAAAGAAAUCUUCUAUUUGACCGCUAAACUCGUCGUCGUGGUAUGAUAAACUCGUUAAAACUUUUAUUUAUAUAAAAUACAUUUAAAUAAAUUGACAAUCGUAAUAAAAGUUUAAUUAAUACGUUGAAACGAAAUUACUACUUUUGAACGUGAUUCAAUAAUCGUAAGAUUAAUUUUAAUUGUGAUUAAUUAUUGUGAUUAAAAAUAUUUAGAUUAAGAUAUUAAUUUUAAUCUGUGAUAAACUAAACUAAAUAAUAUUUCUAAACUGUUCUUCCUAGAGAUCCUGCAUCCUCUUAUUGAUCCAGUGUUACUACAGAAGGAAACCUAAACUAGACUAACUUUAUUUAUACUGGAUAGCUCUAUCAGUUCUAAACUGUUCUCCCUAGAGGUCCAGUAAGAAUGGUCUCAUAUUGAUCCAGUGUUACUACAGGAACAGACCUAAACUAAACUAACUUUAUUUAUACUGAAUAGUUCUAUCAGUUCUAAACUGUCCUCUCUAGAGGUCCAGUAAGGAUCAUCUCUUAUUGAUUCAGUGUUACUACAGGAGGAAACCUAAACUGAACUAACUUUAUUUAUACUGCAUAGCUCUAUCUCAGUUCUAAACUGUUCUUCCUAAAGGUUCAGUAAGGAUCAUCUCUUAUUGAUCCAGUGUUACUACACGAGGAAAACGAGAUUAAACUAACUUUAUUUAUGCUGGAUAGCUUUUCAGUUCUAAACUGUUCUUCCUAUAGAGGUCCCGUAAGGAUCGUCUCUUAUUGACCCAGUGUUACUACAGGAGGAAACCUAAACUAAACUAACUUAUUUAAACUGAAUAGCUCUAUCAGUUCUAAACUGUCCUCUCUAGAUGUCCAGUAAGAGUCAUCUCUUAUUGAUCCAGUGUUACUACAGGAGGAAAACGAGAUUAAACUAACUUUAUUUAUGCUGGAUAGCUCUAUCGGUUCUAAACUGUUCUUUCUAGAGGUCCCGUAAGGAUCGUCUCUUAUUGACCCAAUGUUACAACUACAGUUACUACAGGACAAAACUAAUCUAACGUUACCAUAACGUGACAAAUUCUAUCGAAUUUCAGGCUCGACGUCCUUUACCAGAAAGAACACCGCUCCCAGGAAGUGGGACUCGAAAGCUUCCUUUGUCAACAAAGCGAAGUUUAGAUGCAAGACGAGAUUUUCAAACAAGGAAGCCUCUGUACAGCACACACGUAGGCGAUUUAUAA